AUGAAGGGCGGCCUCCUCUCAAAAAUCUCACCACUGGCAUCAUCUCGAGACGCCAUUGUUACCAUUGCUUGCUUUAUCGCAGUCAUAUUGAUGCUCUCCUUCAAUUUUGUCCCUCAAAAGACUCAGUGCAAUGACAAUUUGCUGCCUUCUCUCUAUGAACAAGUAAAUGAUUCAAUGUCACCUAGACGAUGUGCCUUUAUCGAUCUCGGUGCAAACAGAGCUGAUACAUUGAAGGUCUGGCUCAAGGAAGAGAAUGCUAAAUUCCAGUACGACUUUCCAUUACCAUUUUGGGUAAAACAACACUCUGACUGUGAGAUCUAUCUCUUUGAGGCCAAUCCAUUAUUCACACCCGAGUUAAGAGAAGCUGAAAAGGUGUACAAUGAUCGUGGCAUCAAAGUAAAGGCAUUCCCAGAAACGGCUGUUUCGGCUUUUGAUGGGCAAAUCACACUAUACCUUGAUGAAGUCAAUGUUGAUCAUGACUUUUGGGGGACGACAGUGCAUGGCAAUGGCAAUGAAAAGGUCGUGAAUGUAACAGCUAUGGAUGUUGGAGUUUGGUUGAAAAAGACGUUUGGGCCACAAGACUAUGUGCUGGUCAAGAUGGACAUUGAAAAGGCUGAAUAUGAUGUUCUGCCUAGAUUUUUGGAGGUUGGUGCAGGAAGUGUAAUCGACGUGCUGCUUGUCGAGUACCAUCCAUAUGAUACGAGCAAUGGUCAACAUCAGAUUGCUGCUGAUGCGGCAAUCAAACUGUCUGAUACUAUAUUUAUGCCUAAAUAUGAUUCCCCUGCAUGA